GCAGUGGUUGAUCUCCAUUUGGCUUACGAACUACUGUAAAAUUCCCCAAAAUCUAGCUUCUUACACUGGUUUCGCAGAUUUAGGAGUAGAAAUACACUCCAGAGCAGAUCACGAGAUUUACUCAAACCUUGUAAUGAUGUCGGACAAUGGAAAUCCGUCGCGGUACGUGAAGUUGACGAAAGAGCAAUCUGCUCCCACUGAAGACAUUCGUCCCGGUGAGCUUAAUCAGCCUAUCGAUGUUCCUCAGCUGAAUGUUCGAAAGUGCAAUGAAUGUGGUCAACCUUUACCAGAAAGUUUUGAGUUCCCUGCUGUGGAACCUUGGUCAACCGGUAUAUUUGGUUGCACUGAAGAUACAGAUAGCUGCUGGACAGGACUCUUUUGCCCUUGUGUCUUGUUUGGGCGUAAUCUUGAAACCUUGAAGGAAGAUGUGCCUUGGAAUGGCCCUUGCCUAUGUCAUGCUAUUUUUAUUGAGGGUGGGAUUGCACUUGCAGCAGCAACAGCAAUAUUCCAUGGUAUUGAUCCGAGGACAUCAUUUCUUAUUUGUGAGGGUUUGAUGUUUAGCUGGUGGAUGUGUGGCAUAUACACUGGCCUUGUAAGGCAACAACUUCAGAAAAAAUAUCAUCUCAAGAACUCCCCAUGUGAUCCCUGCAUGGUGCAUUGCUGUCUGCACUGGUGCGCGUUGUGCCAAGAACAUAGGGAGAUGAAGGGACGUUUAUCAGACAAUGCUGUGAUGCCAAUGACCAUGGUGAACCCCCCUCCCGUUCAAGAGAUGAACUCAGCCACUGAGAACAGAGAAGCAGCACCUUCUGCGACAAAUGGUGGUGAGCAUACCAACUUAGAGAUGGAACCACUAUAGAAUUCUAUCUGCUCCCUAUCGUUCAGUGCAUAUGCAUGUUCGAAUACCCCUGGAUUUAGAGAAAACUAUUAUUUACUAGAGAUUGUUUACCGCUAGAAUUGUCUUUUGCAUUGCAAAAAGGUUAUUUAGAAAGGAUAUUUUUUUGAAACUGUGAUGUGUUUGCACUAUUGCUUUUUUCUGAAUAUGAAUAUAAACUAAAAUUUUGCUGGUUUA